UCGAGUGCCGCCUCCUCGCCGGCCAAAAGAAUCCCACGCCUCUCACCAACCAGCAGCACGCCGCCCUCGCUGAUGACCACCAAGACCUGCCAGGCUCCAGCUCCGGCCAUGCCCGCCGUGGCAGGGCGCGCCACCGGCGGUGGCGGCGGCAACGGCAGGGUGCCAACGGGGACCCUGCCGCCGCCGCGGAGGGGCCAGAUCAAGGAGAAGAUCGUCAAGGAUGUCGUCGCCGCUGUCGCCGCCAUGGCCGCGGGCCUCGUCAAGAACGGCCGCGGCGGCGGCGGCCUCCCCGUCUCUGCCGACGCCAACGACAAGUGAACAACAACCAGAAGUCGAAGCAAAUGCACGGUUCUCUUCCAUCCAUGAGCUCGCUCCCCUGCUGCUAACAUGUGCUGAUUUUAGUGCGCGCAGCAGAGGCCAGGGGGCCAAAAUUACUAUGAAGCUCUCGUAAUCUCUGUCUUUGUGUCUGUCUCGGUCUCUCGGAUAGAUCAGUUGCCAUAUUAGAGCAAGCACUGAUACAUCCAUAGUUUCGUGUUUUGGUUCUUGUCCUGCCCCUGUUCUCCGUUUCCUUCUGGGUUCGGUAGUUGCUUUCAGGAAGUUACUACGGUUUUUAAGAAAGAAGCUCCUGUGGUUUACUGGUCUUAAGAAGUUUGUGUCGUUGUUUACUGGUGUUUGACUCUGUAAGGUGUGGGAGGGAUCAGCAAGUAUUAUGGUCAGGUCCUUCCUUCUUUUUUACUGCCCCCCCUGUCAUGAUUGUAGCUUUGUUUUGCUUUCUUGUCAAAUUAGGUGAGCAUUUUGUGUGAA